AUCAAAUCGCAAGACUCGACCCCGAUCUUUCUAGGACACAACACAAGUUUCACCGUCGAGCGAAUCGGUUUUGCUUCCAUGAAGGUCGCCGACAGCGGCAUGACGGCCGCGGUGGAGUUUGCUAUUGAGGAAGGGACACUGGAGCUAGGGUCAAUCACUCGCAAGGUGUGGAGACGAUCUCCAGUCCCAUUGCCAACGACGGUCCAUGUCGAGCCUGGACUCCAGACCGAGUUGACGCUGCAAGAGUUUGCCCGACCAUGGCGAGCGUUUCGCACGACAAAGAAGCCGUUGCCAGCGCAUGAAGACAAUGAACCUUCUCCCGAAGUUGACGACUCGCCGAGGAGCAAGGACGAACCAUUGUCGCGAGGAAAGGGAAGCGAACGAGUCGACAACAUUCUGCGCCAUUACGACCCCCAUCCCACCUCCGUGACGCCAUUGUUUCCGCACGAGUUGCACGCACCCAGUUGUUUCCGUGAUGUGACGGCGGUCGAUGGAUCCAUCGCGUUUAAAGUCUCCUGCAAAGUGGUGUUCAACAUCGGCGCGAUCGAACCCGUGACGUGUCGCCUCGCGUUGUACGACCUCAACUCUGGCGGUCGCACCAGCGAAGAGUUUGUGUUCCAGGUCAACCCCCCUUUGUCCGCGGCCAAGGACGCACGAUUCAUCAAAAGUGCCAUGUUCUACGUCCUUCCCACGCAUUAUGCGCAAAAUCUGUACUUGGUCCUCCAGACCUCCAAAGUCCUCCAAGGAGAUGCUGAAAUUGCAUCGUUGCAUUAUUGCCAGCCCGAAAAGUUCAUGUCCGAGGCGGAGCAAGCCAAACUCAUCGACAAGGCGGCGGAAUGCGCCGCGCGGCUCGGCGGGUCCAUCCACCAGCCCCUUGCUUGGGGUGCCGUGUCGCUCUCCGAAGGCAUUCGACAAAUGAUCUUGUAUCGGCAAAAGGCGAGUCUCAGCGACGACGCCCGUCUCGCGAUGCUUGUGGAUGCGUCCAAAGGAACGCUCAAGGAAAAGACAGUGCCGUGCAUUUGCGAAUUGGACAUUGAAAAAGUAGACGAUGUGACCGUUCGAAGCGCCAAGAAACGCACGCUCGAGAUGAAAAUCUCGCCCACGGCCACAGCGCUGCUCUACUUGGUCGAUCCCAUGUUCCAUGCAGUAGCGACAGACGCCCUGCCACACACGCUGCAAUGGUGUCGAGAGAUGCAGCCGUUUUGCCCCCCCCAAGCGGCGGCUACGUGGGGACCGUGUGCAAGUGGCCCCGUGGCAGUCUCGUAUAUACAUGCGCUUUACCUCUAUCCCCACGCCAUCGACCGAUUCCAACAUCGGAAUGUGGCGGUGAAGGUGCAGUUGGUUCACGACACGACCGAAAUCGCAUGCUUCUUGUCGUCGUCGGCGUCCGUGGCGGCCCUCACUACCGACGUGUAUUGCCACGUGUCGUACCAUCAAAAGUCGCCGUCGUUUGAAGACGAAAUCAAAAUCCUACUGCCGUUGACGCUAGACCCGGCGCACCACGUUGUGUUUACGUUUUACCAAGUGCACUGCAAGAAAAUGGCCGCGGGAAAGCUGCCCAUGGACAUCGUUGGCCGCGCGGUGCUCCCGGUUAUGGACAGACAAAACGGUGUCGCUAUUCCCGACGCCACACACACCCUUGUGGUCACCGACGGGGGCGGCGGCGUAGUCUCGACCGCCACGGGUGCCAACAAUGGCGCGGCACUCGGUGGAGCUCCGCUGUUUCAAGUCCGGUCGCGCCUCUUGUCCACGGUAUACAGCCAAGACAGUGCGAUUCAGUCGUUUUUGCAUCUGUGGACACAAACCGACACGAUAUCCCACGAAGAGCUCGUGGCCCGCAUCGUGGCCCUAAAGGCAGCGCCAAGCAUCGGUGUACGACAUCACGCCCUUCGAUUGUUUCGGCAACUCCUGGCAUACCUCUGCCAUGCGCACCGUCCAGUUCGCACCGCGGCCUUUGCCACGUGCUUGACGUUGUUUGACAAGUGCUCCAUGUCGUCGUCCGCGGUGCCUUCCGCGACCAGUGGAAGCGCCGCACGCAAGCACCACCACGACGGAAGUGGCGGCGGUUCGAUUGUGUUGCAAUAUAUUGACGCGAUCUUUGACGAACCCGACAACGCCACGCCGUCGAGUGGUGCUUCUCACGACACCACCGACGGCGGCGGCGACCGUCGAUUCAAAGUGUACGAGGCUGUGAUUGCAGAAUGGACGGCCCUCGUGACAGAAGCGACGCCGUCCGCCGUCAUCCCCACCGGGCGAAGCAGCAGCACCAGCACAACCACCCAGCCCAACGAGCCCCGUCGGCUAGCCAUGACUCACGCCAACGUCUUGCUUCACCUCGUUUUGAAAAGCAUCGCAUUGUCCGUGCUAUCAUCGUCACCAUCGACGCAGGAUCCCCCUCCGCGCCUCCCACAACCCAUGGUGGACGUGGACCUUGUUGCCUCCCUCUUGGACGUGUUGCUCGACGCGUCGCUUCUCACGGACGACGGAUUCAUCGCUCGAAAGGACAUGCUGCAGAGCCUCGGGCGGUUCGCGUUGGCGCUGUUUUGGGUCGUAAAAAGUCCCGUGCCGGCGCUGUGGAUUCAGCGCGCCGUGCCGCGUCUGGCGACUACCAACGACUCGGCCGUAAUGAUCCACAUGACGUUUCCAUUUCUUCGGAUUCUUGCCGACGCCGACGCGUUCGUGGAGAUCAACACGAUCAUUGGCCCAUUAGCAGCAGUCGGCAGCAGCUCUCGGCGUCGAUCCCAUCAUGCUCCAAGUAAAGACGACGGCACCAAGAACAAUAGACGGCUGGACGAUGCGUGGCUCGCACAGCUGGUGGUGACGACGCUGCUCCAGGUGGCCACGGACCAGUCGGAAGAAAAGAUCAAGUCGCAGGCCAUGGCGAUUUUACGCCGGCUCUUGGUCGUGCAAAUGAGCGGGGCCAAGUCGAGUCAGAAGGAACGUGUGGCCAUGAUGUUGCUGCCCGUGGUGCCCAAUAUGCUCGCACUCACGCGUCGGUUCGACGGCGACGACUCUGCAGUGUCGUCCUCACAAAGCAGUCUUUCCGACAGUCUCAAGCGCGACGUGUUGCUAUGCAUCAUCGCAACAUUGCAGCACGUUCCCGAGCGACAAUUGAAAGGGUUUUGGAAGCCCAAGGCGUUGUUGAGCACAGCCACGUACGAGAGACACCACCACACGGACGACGGGACGGACUGGCAGAACGCAGCAUUGCAGGCGCAUGUGUUGGGGGCGAUCCAGACGUUGCGCUACGUGAUGGACACGUUUCUGGGCGCCGAGGUGCCGUGGCAGCAAGUGUUGUCGCCAGACUGCGCCGACCAAAGCAAGCCGCCGCAGCUGUCGCUGCUCGACAUCGAAGUGUACAUGAAGCAGCGCAACAACCGCCGCAGUCAGCUCACGGACGAAGCCACGACGCUGAGCCCUCGUAAUAACACUGGCGCGAUGGGCAAUGGGGCUGGCUUGCCUGGAUCUGCAAGUGGCAGUGGCACGCAGCCGCCAGGGGGUUCAGGAUCGUCGGCGCACCAUCGGUCGUUGCCGCGAAAUUGGGGCAAGCACUACAUGGCCCAGCGCAAAAACAGCAUGGACGUCAAACCCGACGACGGCUCGUCUUCCUCGUCCUCGUCCGCGGACCACGACAUGGACGGCCACGCCAAGCGCGUCGCCACUGCCGUCGCGCAUACCCUCGUCGCGACCAUCCAAACCCUGGUUCACGAAUUCAGCCGCAGUUUGGGCGCGCACCCGGCGUUCCUUGCGACGGUCGUGGACUUGUGGUACGCGCUUCUCACGCGGAUCGGCCACGGCCACUUUGACGCAGAGGACGUCGUCGUGUCGUCCGUCCUGACGCACCUCACGGCGUUCCUCGGGCGGUUCCAAACGCCGCUGUUUGCGCACUCGAACGUUGUGCUUAUGGCGGACGAUGCAUGGUGUGAACGCCUCGUCGUGCUCGCGGCCAGCGGCGCGUCCACGGCCCCGCUGGCCGCGACGUUUGUGUGCGACCUCCUCGCCACGAGUUUUGACCAGCGCGGCCAUUUUCUUCGUGUCCAACAUGCAUUGGUUCAAGUCGUGGCCAAGCAGCUCCACUUGCCGUUGCUGACAAACGUGUUGGAUGCCAUGGACGCGUUUCCAGGCGUGCAGACACCGUUCCGGCCGCGCCUCACGAGUCUAGUGGCGUCGCUGCGUCGAGUGGUGACCACAUGGCAGCAGUACGAAGCCGCCAUGACGACUUGGCCGUCGAACGGGGCGACGAUGGGCCAAGUGGAGUCACUCACGGACGCGCUAGUGUCGGUGGCGAUGGCGAUCCCCCCCGAAGAAGUCGGACUGUUUGACGUGCAUGUCAAGUUCAUCGAUGCGCUGGCCCGGGUGCACGUCCAAUGCGGUCAGUUUGCCGAAGCUGCGAAAUGCAAACUGCAUCUUGUGGACAUGGCCACGACUCGAGGCGGUGGCAAUAAUAAUCAUGGUCGCAGUCGUGGGGGGCGGGUCGUGUCCACCGACGAGUUUGUCCUCGUGCAGUACAAGCUCGCACUCACGUACUUGUCGCCCCAACAUGGAAACGUUGUCGCAUCUUCUGUGACGUCGUGGGCGAUGCCCGACAUGGCUCUGGCGAUCGCCCAAGACAUGCUCGCAGUGUGCCACAAGGUGCAAAACUACGUCGAGUAUGCGACGACGCUCAAGAUCAUGGACAGUGUCGUGGCAGGGGUGCUGGCCCAGCAACGAGGCAAGCCAGACGACGACGCCCCGCCCGUGUCUCGGUACUUUUUAGUCGCGAUCGUCGGGUCGGCGUCGACUAAUGUUCCCGACUUGGGCAUCGAGUUCAUCUACAAACGGUCUGCGUUUUGCCACGUGUCUGAGAUGAUGGCGUCGAUCGAGUCGGGACUGAACGCGAGUUUUCCGCAUUUGAAAGUGAAACCCAUCAGCAUGGCCAAGCUGGACGCGUCCACCGACCCCGACACCGUGUACGUCAAGGCCACCCCCGUGGAGCCCAUGUUUGUCGGCGACUGCGGACGCGCUUUCAUGUACGAACCCGUGUGUAUGACUAUCAUCCAAGGCACUCAUGUGAAAGUGUGAAAUCGAGUACUGUAUUGGUCGACAUGUUGAUUCAGCAGUUGGACUUGAUAGCAUCGUGAAUAUUGCAAUGAACUAUACGAUGAGCACACAUGUCUAUGAGAUGUGUAUCAACAUGAUGCAACGCCGUCAUGUGAAACUCUAGCGAAGUUUGGGGUGGAGCAGUCCGUUUUCCGUGAUGAAGCACCAGUUUGUGCGCAAGAUGGUGUUGCGCGUCCGCCACGACUUUCCGUACCUGUCGAUGCGCCAAGCCGUGGUUGGCAAGCAAGAGAUCAUCCGAUGCCCAUUGGACACGGCCACGGACGACAUUGCCAAGCGGACGGCGUCGCUCCUGAAGGUCGUUCGUCGGGACGAGAAAGGACUACCCCACGACGUGAAAGCGAUCACGCAUCUGUUGAAAGGCAGCAUCAACACUGAAGUGAAUGGCGGCGCCCCCGAAGUGAUCCAGACGUUUCUCGCCGCCGGUGUCGUAUGCGUCGACAAGGACGCGAUGCCCAUGGCACCGGCCAUUCAAGCCGAGAAACAAACGGAAUUGAGGACGACGUUGGUUCAGUUUCUCAACGUGGCGCUGACCGUGCUCGCAAUCAGUCGCGACUUGUUUCGACGGACCAACCACCACCACCGGUCCGUGCCGUCGGCGUCCGCGGCGGGGUUGAGUAGUACUACUAUAACGAGUCCAACGAAUAGCGCCACGAGUAGUAGUACUAGUAGUAGCAACAACUACCACCCGAGCGAAGACGCAGACGUACUGCAGUUGGCGCCACUGCAAGAAGAGUUUGAGAAAGCGUUUGGAAAGAUCGUGGCGGUGCUGGCCGCCUCGUACGCCGACGAGCCGGACGACGUGGCGGCGUUGCGUGCAGCGGCGGCAUUCAAGCUCGGCCUUACGGUGUAACCAUGGCCACAGAAAAGCAAACAAGCGCAUGAGAAUGCGAAUGAAGAUAUAUAGUAUGUGGUAAGAGACAAUGGACUUGUUUGUGUAAGCGGA